AUGACCCGCUCGCAAGGCCAUGGCAGAGUCGGCGCGUUUCGCGCGCGGAGCCACCAUGGCGUUGCGCUGCUGUCGCUAGUGGCGGCGAUCGUCCUGGCGGGACUCAUUCGUCCAGUCGCGCCGUCCACCGACGCUCCGGCGCUGCACGGUGCGGAUCGACCGCGCAUUCAUCCCAGCGCUGCAAGCCACCCGUCUAGUGCGACACGUCGGAUCCGCUAUUCUCGCCGCUCUCGCGCUCAACCCCCAACGCUCCCCUCCGACUUCCCUUCCAUUCUCCCCCUCCCCCGCGUCCCUCCCGGUUUCCCACUCCCCCGCUUUCCAGAGUGCGACUCGUCGGACCCGCUAUUCUCGCCGCUCUCGCGCUCCGCGGGGGACCACGCGCACCGCUACCAGCGCCCGGCGCACCAGUGCUGGAGCAAGGCGGAGAUGCCGUGCUACGCGGGGAGCCGCGGCAUGGCGGCGCGCUCCGAGACGCUCAAGCGCAAGCUCCGCGCGUACCACGAGUACCGGCGCGAGUGCGACGCGAAGGAAGACAUCACGUCCUUGAAGACAAAGCUGCGCGCGGGGAACGCGACGGAGUGCAGAUACCUGCUAUGGCACUUCAAGCCCGGCGACGGGCAGGGAAACCAGUUCAUCUCGCUGGUGUCCGCGUUUGUGUACGCGCUGCUAACGAACCGCGUGUUUCUGCUCUUAACGGGGAUGGGACCGGCGAAGCUGAUGUGCCAGCCGUUUGAGGGCGCGCCGUGGUUCGUGUAUUCAGACGUGCCAGACGAGCGGUGGGAUGCCACGCUGGUGGGCAUGCGCAUCGCCUAUCAGUACUUCCCGGAUCGAGUGGUGGCUAUUCAGAACGGCACCAGCGACACCAUGGACGUGCCUAACAUCGCGCAGCGCGCAGGUGAGCCUACACCACACGGAGCAGAACACGAGCAUCUUCGUCUGCGCCUCAGAGCAGAGCUGGCUCGCCCGCGUGCCCUCAAUCCUACUCCUGGCCAACCAGUUCUUCCUGCCCUCGCUCUUCCACCACCCCUCCUUUCCCCGUCCCCUCCUUCUCCUCUCAGCGCGCAGGUGAGCCUACACCACACGGAGCAGAACACGAGCAUCUUCUUCUGCCCUUCAGAGCAGACCUGGCUCGCCCGCGUGCCCUCAAUCCUACUCCUCGCCAACCAGUUCUUCCUGCCCUCGCUCUUCCACCACCCCUCCUUCCGCCGCCACAUACAAGACCUCUUCCCCUCGGGCCGCAUCUUCCAGACCGUCUCCCAGCUCGUCAUGUUCCCCAACAACCGCCUCUGGGCGGCCAUAACGGACAACAUUCACCGCCGGGCGGCGCCGGCCGCCGCCCGGGUGGGGCUGCAGUUGCGGCACUGCAGCGCGGAUAUUAUAUCGCAGGCGGCAGAGUGCGUGGUGCAGGUGGCGCAGGGGGAGGCUGUAACGGAGGGGAGAAGAGAGAGGGAGAAGAAAGAUGGGGAGAGAGAGGCGGGAGGGGAGCCUGGUGGGGUGGGGGUGGUGGGAGGCGUGGGGGGAGCGGGUGGGGGUGGUGCUGUGGUGGGCAGUGGGGAAGCAGCAGCAGCAACAGCAGCAGCAGCAGCAGCAGCUGGGACGGGGAGCAGUGGCAGCGCGAGUGAGGGCGGAGGCGGCGUGGGGAGUUGGAGCAGCUCAACCGUUGUGCUCAUUGCUGCUCUCUACGAGUAUGCUCCCUACAACCUCUCGCUGCUGCUCUUCCCCAAUGCUCCCUCCUCCCCACUCACAUACACCAAGGUUGUUGUCACAGACAGCAGCAGCAAUGACACUAGUGACAGCAGCACGGGCGCGAACAACAGCACUCAGACUGACUCUCCUGCGACAGACCCCAGCAGCACCACUGCAAUCACCACAAGCAAAGAAACCACCACCAACAUCAACAUCAACAGCAGCAGCAGCAGCGCGGCCACCCCAGAUCUCACCCCAUCAAGCACAGUGAUCAGCAUCCCUGCCAGCAGCAGUGACAUCACGAACAGCAGCAUCAUCAGCAAUGGCACCUUCUCCCUGGACCGCCUCACCACAGAGACAGCUCAGACCGGGCUGGACACGGAGGUGCAGCACGCCAUCAUCGACAUCUACACCCUCGCGCUCGCCUCUGACGCCAUUCUCAUCUUCCCCACCUCUACAUUUGGGUACCUCCUCUCCUCGCUCUUCGGUCGGCCGGCGUUUUUUGUCUCUCAGGGCUGCCAGCCGGCCCCGUUGGAGCCGUGCUAUCAGCACCCCCCGCAGCCGCACCAGUGCUCGGAUGGGCAGCAAGUGGGAGUGCCGCCGUUUAGUGAUCUGUUUGGUCCCGUCGCCUCAGUAGCAAACACUGGUGAAGCGUCUGGCCUCUGCCGCGGAGACGGUCGUCCCCAGCCCGCGCAUACUGCUAAGCCGGCCGUGCCGUCAGCAGCCGGACCGAGCGUCCGCUUGCCAUCUCGUGCGUCGUCGUCGAAGCCUCCGCCUCGUUACAAGCAGGCCGUGACGGUGGCAAGUGUGGCAAGAGUGGGCUGGGCACGGUGCAACCGAUCUUCAGACCCAAGCCUUCAAGCGGCAUGCCGCGACGAACAAGCACCAGUUGGCCAUCAAUCACCAGAAGCAGAUGCUAGCUCAGGCUGGGAUGCGCGGCUGUCGGACCUCAUGUGCAUGGCAUUGCUGCCGUACGAGCCCGACUGGGCGGAGGUGGUGAAGAUCUGGAGGGCGUACAAGAAGCGCAAGCCCAUCACAACAGUGGCAGCACCAAAGAAGCAACCUAGUGCUAAGGGGAAAGAGAAGGUGGACGAGGAUGAUGCUGGUGGUGCUGGCUCUGGGUGGGGGACAGAGACCCCCGUGCACAGGCACGGUUCUAUGAGCGAUGGUGGUGGUAGUGACGAAGAUGAAGACAUGUGUGUGAUGUGA